AGCAUCCAUUUCUCCAGUUGAUCCUCUCCCCCAUGCCAAGUGCUAACACCGGAGCCAUCUCUCUGAAUCUCACCUGCUUCCAUGUCUCACCCUAUAUAAACCACCCCUACUCUCUACCCGGCUACUCAAGCACCAACCAAAACCAAAGCAGAGAAGAGGCAAGAACAACUAGCUGCAUGGCAAUGGCGGGAGAGAGUAGGAGGAGGAGGAGGGCGGCGGCGGAGGCGGUGGCGUGGUGCUUGGCGCUGGGCGUGGUGGCGCUGCUGCUGGUGGGGUCGGUGGAGAAGGAGGAGGAGGUGGUGGUGGUGCGCGGGGCGCGGCUGGCGGCGGCGCGGCCGUGCGAGGAGAUAUACGUGGUGGAGGAAGGGGAGACGCUGCACAGCAUCAGCGACAGGUGCGGCGACCCGUACAUCCUGGAGCAGAACCCGCACGUCCACGACCCCGACGACGUCUUCCCCGGCCUCGUCAUCAAGAUCACGCCGCGCCCCGGCCGCCGCAACUGAACUGAACUUGCUGAUCGAUCAACGCGUUGAUCUAUCUCUGAUCGAUCGAGAGAUCGAUCAACCUGUACAGUGGACACCGAUCGACGCGAAUGUAUGGCGGAAUGCAGAGAUGGUUCUUGUUUGUUUGUGUUUUUUCUUGCUUUGAAGUUUGAAAGAUUCUGACCAAAGAAGGGCGCCGUAUCCGGGAGUUUGUUUCGUCGUCGUUUGCUUCGUUUGACGAUGAUGAACCAGAACCACACGUACUGGAACAGAGGACGCUGCGAGUGGCUACUGGCUAGUAAGUGGCUAGUAGUGUAGUGGUAGUAGUUAGGCAGGCAACCUUGCCUGGUGUGUGUGUGCUUUGUUCAUUCCGUUAUACUAGAGGCUAGUUGUCAGUUGGUUACCUGAAGUGAACUGAUGCAGUGGUUGGUAAAAGAAAAAACUGAGACUGAUGUUUGUUAGAUGCGUAAGCAAGCUUGCCGUAAUUGUGGCGUGUUGAUAAAAGUGCGGCUAAGAAAUAGUUAAGUGUAAUAUAGUUAAGCUUUCAAUUGAAGAAUUUACCAUUUGUCACUCUA